GUGUUUUUAAUCAGGGAAAAAAGACUCAUACUUUCGGCUUUCCGAUGUGACAGUUAUCAAUUGACUCAUUUCUACAGAACUCACAGCUGAGUUCUUUAGAACUAAAAGGUACACUUAAAGUUCAAAAUGUACACAUUUGUCAUUUAAAAACAAAUAGAAAGAUAUUAUGACAGCAGACUUGGCACAGCUCCCAAUAAUUGUGUGCACAGUGGGUUGUGUUUCUGGUCUCAUUAUUUCAUAGUCUAUUGUGGACGACAUCACAUGGUCAAUCUUUGGAGCUUUCAGGUACAUAUAUAUAUAUAAGACUAGAACCUGGAUUGGUUUACAGAAGAUUCAAACCGUGAUUGUCUGAGCACCUGUAUGUACCAGCCUCAAAAGACCUGCUGCACACCUGAACCUCAUUUUCAUUUCAACUAGAGGUGAUCUGUCUGAGACGAAGUCACUUACAGUCAAGGUGGAAACACUUUUUCUAAACAUUGUGUUGUUGGGGAACCUUUUUCAAGAUCCUCAACAGAAUAUAACCAUGCCUCCUCCUGGUGUGUGCAUGAGUAUAAUGCAGGCGCGCGACAAGAAUGAUGGUAUAGGGACCCUUGCCAACCCAGAGAAAUUCAACAACCAAGACUUCCAACAGCUGAAGCAGUUCUGUUUGUCCAAUGGGUAUAAGUACAUCGACGACAGAUUCCCCCCAGACAACUCCUCCAUCGGUGAAGAGCUACUCUCCCCUAAAGACAUGUGCAGAGUGAAGUGGCUGAGACCAGCGGAAAUUGCAAAAAGACCUUGUUUUACGGUUGAUGGAAUUUCAAGGUUUGACUACGGGCAAGGAUUAGCUGGUAAUUGCUGGUUUCUUGCUUCCAUCGGGGCCUUAACAUUCCAGACAUGCAUCAUGGAACAAGUGCUGCAUGGACAGCAAAGCUUUGAACACGAUUACUGUGGAAUUUUCCAUUUCAAGUUCUGGAGGUUUGGUAGGUGGGUGGAUGUUGUGAUCGAUGACAAGCUGCCAACAAUUGACGGCCAGCUCAUUUUUGUUCAUUCGAAAACUCCCAACGAGUUCUGGCCUGCCUUGAUGGAAAAAGCUUACGCCAAGGUGUGUGGCUCCUAUGCUGACAUGAAUUUGGGGAACCCUUCUGAAGCCAUGAUGGACUUUACAGGAGGAGUGUACAUCACAUUUAAGCUUGCUGACGCGCCUCCAAAUCUGUGGAACCUCCUGUUUCGAGCUGCCAAAUGUAACUCCCUGAUGGGAUGUGAGACUCCUCCUGGGGAAACACCAGGGAACACAGUGGCACCAAAUGGACUAGUGAGAGGUCAUGCCUACACCCUCACAGGAAUUAUUCAGCUCAUGAGCAAAGGAAGGCCAGUGAAUCUAAUCCGUGUCUACAACCCAUGGGGCAGAGUGGAGUGGACAGGAGAUUGGAGCGACAAUUCAUCCUUGUGGCAAACAGUGAGUCCUGGCGAUCGGAAGACGUGUCUGUCAGUGGUUGAGGAUGGGGAAUUCUGGAUAACUGUUGAAGACUUCUGUAAGCACUUCCGGUCUGUGGAUAUCUGCUGUCUGUGCCCGGACUUUCUUGACAAAAACCCUGCUUGUCACUGGACGGCCACUGUCCAUGAGGGCAGAUGGGUUACAGGAACCACCGCUGGGGGUUGCCUUAAUUUCCCCGACACUUUCUGGAUAAAUCCCCAGUAUCAGGUGAAGAUUGAAGGAUUGAAAAAGGUCUGCUCUGAGACACAGGGUGACUACAACAUCCUGGUUACUCUGAUGCAAAAGCCUGACAAGAGAAACAGACGCCUUGCCAAAACACUCCACAUUGGCUUUUACAUUUUUGGGGUUCCCUCACAAAUGAAAGGACACAGAGGGAAGUUUCCUAAAACCUUUUUCAAAACCAAUGUGCCUGUCGCCAAAACCGAGAAAUACAUAGAUUCUCGGACAGUGAUGGGAUUGUUCUGGCUGAAUCCUGGUGAAUACCUGAUUGUGCCUACAUCCUUCAACCCAGAUGAAACCGCCUCCUUCAUCCUGUCCAUCUUCUCCAAGGUGGAGACCCAUAUACAUGAGAAUUCCAAUGACCAUUAUAUGGAGGAAAUCCCAAAGCCCACUCUUAAAGGAGAAGAUAUAGAUGACAAGCAAACUCUUUUUCGUAAAUAUUGUGAUCAGUUUGGGGAGGUGGAUGCUGAACAGCUUCAGAGGUGUCUGAAUGUAAAUCUCCUACAAGGAAGUGUAAAGGAAACAAAAGGCUUCAGCUUGGAGUCCUGUCGAAGCAUGGUAGCCCUAAUGGAUACAUCAGUCACCGGAAGACUGAACAGCGUUGAAUUUCUACGUCUAUGGAGCAAAGCUACCACGUACAAGGAUAUCUUCUUACAUUCUGAUGUGGACCGUUCUGGAUAUUUGUCAGUGAGUCAACUGAGGAACGCAAUCAUGUCUUCAGGGAUCAGGUUGACUGAUAACCUGCUGAACCUGAUAGCUCUUCGCUACGGUGGCACUUCUGGAAUUGUCAGCCUGGGGAGUUUCAUCAGCCUUGUAUUACGCAUGGACCGUAUGGCUAAAAUAUUCAGAGAACUCAACAAUGGAGGGACCAUAUCUCUACAAGACAAUGAGUGGAUGCACAUCACUAUGUAUGCAUAAAUAGGAUGGACAGAUGCCUGUUGGAAUCUUAAGGCUUGCUAAAGUACUAUGGUGAUGCUUUGCUGGUUUAAGUAUGAAACAAAAUGUCUGCACUUAGACUUAAUAAAGAGUAUAUCAAUGAAUUCCACCUUCUUUAAACUAACACUCGCAUCAGCAUUAUCUUCCUUGCACUGCACUGUAAACCCUAACGUAUUUUUCUUACUAAAAUAUUUCUACUAAGUGUAACUCAAAGUUAGAUAAAUGUUCCCAAUAACUUAAAAUGUUUAUGUUGUACUGACUUUGCCUCAAUUUCUAUAAGUUUAAAAUGAAAAUGUUUCCAGCAUGUUCUGCUUCAAGUUGAUGUACUUUGACUGAUUAAUUCAUCUUAACUACACAAAAAUCAAACACAUACAUUUGUCUAAAGUAAUCCAAUCAUUUAGUCAAACAUAUAUUUUGCACCCACUACUGAAAUGAUUGUAACAAUGACAUAAAUUAUCCAUCUUUGUGUAAGACGUUCUGGUUCCAAUAGGAAUUAUGCAUUCCUUUGCAAGCCAAUGCCUUGUAUGUAGCUUUGCAAAACUCUGCUGAAGUUCCCUGGAUUUCUAGAAAUCUUAGCAGAAGUGUUGAUUUUUAUUUUUAAAAAUCUGGGAAUUUCCUUAAAGUUUCUAGUGGUAGGAUUUCAAUUUGACAUUUCACAGCAUAUUUUGACGGCAUCUGAAAUGAUGGGGGGCUUACUAGACUCAUUAAGUAUUCACGGUUCAAUAUUUUAUAACUGUUGGCAAGGAAUUGACAAAAGGAAUAAAUGUGUUCAAUAACCAUGUCUCAGGUGGUAACUCUAGAGUUAAUUUAAAGAGCAAUGCAUAUUGGGAAAUAAUUCUCUUCUAUAUUUUUAUGUACAGUAAACUUCAAAAUCAAUAUUUUAAAAUAUCUUAACUAUUAAAUUCUAACAAAUUGUACUUUUUCAGUAAUUACUUACUUAACAAAAUUAAGUUAGUUGACUUCAAUAUUUUGAUGUAAUCAGUUUCCACAAAAGUUUUGAGUAUUUACAUUGUAACUUUGACGAUAGCCAUAUAGGGUAUACUAUGUUAUAGUUGAAGUGGGCAUGUUCAUAGACAUUACCUGUAAAAU